CCUCGGUUGCAGCAUCAGCACCAGUGAGGAAGACGAACAGAGAGAUGGAGCGAUGAGGAAGGCGUACGUGCAAUUCCCGUUCAACAAACCGUGAUGUGAACGUGAACGUGAACGUGAGGCUCGUGCGCGGUCAUGCAGAACAGCACGGUGGAUCAGUGCGACACCGGAGCCGCGGAGCGCAUCUCCAUCGCCGCUUUGUUCUCGCUCAUGUGCGCUCUGGGCACCGUGCUUAACCUGUUGGUCAUCGGUCUGGUGCUGGGCUUCAGGAAGCUGCGCACGGCGAGCAACGCCUUCAUCGCGAACGGCUGUGCGGCAGACCUGCUCGUGUGCGCCUUCUGGAUGCCGCGGGAGGCGGCGGCGGCUGCGGCGUCGGUGUCUACGUCUGCGCCGGUGCCCUCUCCGGUCCACGGCGCCCCCCCGCGGGACGCGCUGCUCUUCCUUGGCGCCACCGUGUCGCUCCUGUCGCACUCGCUGAUCGCGGUGAACCGCUAUGUGCUGAUCACGAAGCCGCCCGCCGCAUACCACGCGCUCUACCAGCGGCGGCGCGCGCAGGCCAUGAUUGCCGCGUCUUGGCUCGUCGCGCUCGCGAGCCUCCUGCCGCUGUGGCUCGGGGCGGCGCGUCGCGCGGUGCCCGUGUGCGGACCGGCGCCCGCCGACCCCUGGGCCUCCGGCACGCUCGCGCUCACCAUCCUCGGUCAGACCGCGGUCGUGACAUACUGCUACUUCAAGAUCUUUCGGCGGGUGCAGAUCAGCGCCAAGCGCGUCAGCGUGCUCCACUUCCAGCUCGUCAACAACCUGCCGUACUCGUUUCCCAGGAAGGACAAGCGGCUCGGCGUCCACGUGCUGGCCGUGUGUCUGGUGUUCGUAAUGACCACCGAGCCCAUGCUGUGGACCCUGACCGCCGGCCUCUUCUCCCCGGUACCGGCGGCGCUCCGCACCUGCGCCUGGCUCCUCUUCUGCUCCGUCUUCGUCUCCGACCCGUUCCUGUACACAUGGAAGAACGAGGAGUUCCGAAAGGCCUUCAGGUCCGUCCUGAGAGGGGACUUCUGGCGAGGCGCCGCCGUGGCCGCCGCCGAGCCCGUCACCGUCAGCGCCGUUUCUCACGUGUUCCCCAGACAGAACAGCCGCAGGGCCUUUUUAGCUGAGAUGAGCUGAGAGCUGACUUUUCUACUACAAUGGACCUGGAUCAUGAGCCAGAUCCUGCACAUCCAUGCAGAGAUCAUUUGAUUACUCUUUUUAAAAGUGCAGUAGAUCUUUUCUACUGGAACACAUACAAACCUCAAUGAGCAGGAAAGGAACACUGGGAAAAAAAAGUGCAGUUGAAGACUUUCACUACAUUAAAUUUUGCAAUGUUUUCUUCAUUCAGAUUUACUGUUCACACCCAGGGUGUAGUUUCAGGUUUAAUCUUAUUGGUGACUCAAUUCAAUUCCUACAGAGGUUAUAAAAAUGAAAUGUAUAACUGUAGUGCCUAUAAGUCUAUCCUUUAUGAGCGAACCAGUGGCAAGAGUGGCAAAGAAAAAACAUCCUGAGAUGGUAUGGAGGAAGGAACCUUGAGAUGAACCAGACUCUUAAAGGAACCCAUGCUCAUCUGGUUGGCAUUGAAAGUCCAUUCAUUACAGUUCCAUCAUUAUUAUAGAAGUGUAUUUUUUUGAUGGUUAUUAGUUGAACACAAGAAAUUCUCUGUGGUGGUUCCAUCAUCUUUUGGACACCAGUUUACCUUCAAGAUAAAAUCUAAUGCUACUAAAGAAAGCUUGAAAACUCCAGUGACAAACAGUUUUAUUCCAUUUUCUCCCCUAAAGUGGCUCGAAAGAAAAUAUCAAAUUUGGUAUAUUGUUGCAUGAUUUGGUGCACAUUGAUAAACAAUGAACCUCACUAGAACAACAGUAGACCUCCAAAGAUGCCCAGGUAUUGCGACUGACAAAUCGGUUUAGAAAAGAAAUUGGACAAUCCUUUUUUUUUCCUUUUUUAAGUAAAUAUUUAAUAUAUUCUUGAAAUGUACUAUUUGCUUUGCUUCUUUGAAAUUUGAUGUUUGGGCUUCUUCUAGCUACUGAUGUGACCCUAUAACUCUAAUUAUUUUCCUCUAAAGGUUACCCAGGAUGCCAUAAUCCACAACACACACAAUGCAUCUCACUCAUGUCCUGGUAAUCCAGGUGGACAUUUGUGUGAUACACACAAGCUGUGUAUAGGACGCUCACGCUCCUGACACACUCGUGAGAGAUCGGAAAUGAAGUGAGGGCAUGUUUUUAAUCGUGUUGGAGCACCACCAAAAAUAUUUUGCAGAGUUUAUAUUUCUACCUCUUUAAUCAGAAACAGGAAGGUGGGUUUUUUUCUUUUUUAAUAUGAAUGUUUUUGCAAAGGAUUUUAAUGUAUUUGGGUGUUUUUUGGGACACCGGCGAAAUAACACACAGCUCAAAAACAAAUCAUGGACAUGAAUUUGAUAUCUUGGUGAUGCAGAGCUUUAAAUCUUGAAAUAUGUUGGAGUCUGAUGUUCCUGUAACCUCAAAUCAAAUCAAUGUGUUUGGAAGGAAGCUAACAGCAAAAUACUACAAAAUACUACAAAAAUACUAAAAUAUAUAUAUAUAAAAAAUAAUAAAAAUAUCUAAAAUAUGUAUAAUAAAAAAAAUUAUAUAUAAAAUUUAUAAAAUAUAUUUAAAAAAAUUUAUAAUAUAAUUUUAUAAAAUAAAUUAAAAAAAUACUAAAAUACAAAAUACUAAAAAAUACUACAAAUUUUGCUAGAAAUGUAAAUUCUGCGAAUUGUUUUUGAAAAUGUGCACAAUAAUCGAAAGACCAAGAAUGUCCUGAAUGUUAUAUUGAACCUAAAACGUCACUUUUUUAUUUCUAUUUAUUUUUUUACAGGUUUCUUUGGAUGGUUAAGGGUUCAUAACAUCCCCAAUUCUAAAUUGAACUGUUUUUUUUUUUAACUGUAUAAAUGUGCAUUUUAACAGGUGUGAAUCCUGACGUAAAAAUUCUGGAGAUCUUUACACAUUUGAUGAUUUGAUGAACAAUUUAAUUGAAACCGACGUGUUAUCAUAAAGGCAGACGCAGUGUUUGUGAGAAACGCAUGCCUUUUGUGGACGUGUCAAGAAUAAGCCGGUGUUUUUCAUAUUGUUUUGUAAGCGCUGUGUUUGCUGAAAGGUUUAUGCACCUCUGCUGCUGCUUUUCCCCCCCAAGUGAAACCGCAUUUGUAUAACGAUGUCGAAAUAAAAUGCUUCUUAUGGGGUG